AGGUAGUACAUAGUGCCUUAGAGUGUAACCAGUCAGUAACCUGCAAGGUGCGCGUUACUGCAGGAUCUGAGCAAUAUCUGACACACACCCAGUCACUGAGGCAGCAUCACAUCAAACUAUUACGCGCUUAAACACUUUUGCGGAAUUAUAGCAGACGAAAAACUUUUGGGAAAUGCAUCUUGUCCUCGUGCUGUGUCUGGCGGCUCUGGCGGCUUGUGACUACUCUGAAGAUAAAGAGGUGAAAGCACCUCAGCUCGAUCAUCCUGAUCCUGGAACUGAGCGCGUGGCCGAGCUCCUCAGGUGCACAAAGAGUGUGUGGCGCAUACCAGAGCAGUACCUUGUGGUGUUGCGGGAGGGAACACGCGACAGUCAUGUGCAGCGGACGGUGAGCACUCUGCGUGCGCAGGCUGCCAGGAGAGGACACGCCAUCCACAUCAUGCACACUUACUCUGGAGUCUUCCAUGGAUUCCUGAUUAAAAUGAGCAGUGAAGUCCUGCCCAUGGCUCUGAAGCUGCCCCAUGUUGCGUACAUUGAAGAGGACUCGUCCAUAUUUGCCCAGGGCAUUCCAUGGAACUUGGAGCGCAUCAUCCAAACGAAGCAUGAGACUGGAAAAUACACUCCACCCAAUGAUGGAGCACAAGUGACUGUCUUCCUCCUGGACACUAGUGUUCAGACGAAUCAUCGUGAAAUCGAGGGAAAAGUAAUGGUGACAGACUUCAACAGCAUGCCUGAGGAGGACGGAGUCCGAGUUCACAGGCAGGCCAGUCAGUGUGACAGUCAUGGAACACACAUAGCUGGAGUAUUGAGUGGGCGAGACUCUGGCGUGGCACGUGGCGUUAGUGUGAACACUGUGCGGGUGCUAAACUGUCAGGGCAGAGGCACUGUGUCUGGAGCACUGGCAGGUCUGGAGUACAUCCGGGCAUCUCUGCAGGCCCAGCCCGUCAGUCCUGUGAUCAUACUACUACCAUUUGUGGGGGGGUUCAGUCGCACUCUCAACACUGCUUGUCGAGAAAUGGUACAUUCUGGUGCAGUUCUGAUAGCUGCUGCAGGAAAUUACCAGGAUGAUGCCUGCAUGUACUCACCAGCCUCAGAACCAGAGGUGAUCACAGUAGGAGCUAGUAAUGCUGCUGACCAGCCGCUGAGUUCAGGAACCACAGGCACCAACCUAGGCCGCUGUGUCGAUGUGUUUGCCCCUGGUGAUGACAUCAUCAGCGCCUCCAGUGACUGCCCAACCUGCUUCACCACUAAGAGCGGAACUUCACAGGCAGCUGCACACGUUGCUGGUAUAGCGGCAGUGCUUCUGAAUGCUUACCCCAGUGCCAGUCCUGCUGAGGUGCUGCAGCUGCUCCGCUACCAUGCAGUCCAGCGUGUGAUAAAUCCAGACUCUCUGCCUCCUGAACACUACCUCACUACCCCUGACAUGGUGGCUGCUCUGCCUACGUCUGCUGCUACAGGCGAGAAACUUCUUUGUCGCUCUGUUUGGUCUAAGAGGUCAGGGGUUGGAAGCUUUGACACAGCAGUGGCUCGCUGUCGCCAUGGUGAAGAGAUGUUCAGCUGUUCCAGCUAUUCACCAAAUGGAGUGCAUGCUGGAGAGAGAAUAGAGAUACGGGAUGGGCAGAAGGUGUGUGAGGCCCAUCACGGCAUAGGAGGACAGGGCGUGUACGCCAUAGCUCGAUGCUGCACGGGCAGCAGGGUGAAGUGCCACGCCAGUGCCAGUCUCCAUGUGGGCAUUGACGCAGAGUGCCCUAGCCAAGAGUUUCAGCUUACAGGGUGCAGCUCUCACUACAUCAGGUCCCAAGACGUCGCACAGCCCUCAUGGCCUCUCCAUAGCAACCGUAAAGCGUGUCCUGCCGGAGAAGGUGGGACAUCACAUGCCUUCUGUUGCCAUGCUCCGAAUCUGGAAUGCCAUCUGAUUGAACACCACCAGUCUGAAUUUACAAAACAGGUGGAGGUGUCAUGUGAGGACUCCUGGACACUUACAGGGUGUAAUGCGGUGUCACAUGGUUCUGUCACUCACGCGGCAUACACACGAGGAAACACCUGCGUGAUCCAGAUGUUCGGAGGAGAUAAAGGAGCUGCUGCUAUUGCUAUCUGCUGCAGAUAUCGGCCUCUUGAUCAACAGAGCAACAAUAACCAUGAGCAAAACACCUAAUAAGAUACUGUUCAGUUCCCUUGGGUCAGUUUCUAAUAUGAGUGGUCUGGGUGUCUGUCCAUCAUGACAUUAUUUGUAAUAUUGUUCCACUCUGGUAUGUUGAACCAUGAUGCAUUACACUCAUUCAAGCUCAGAGCAGUUUUUAAAAAAAAAAAACAAAAAAACAAAAAUAAGAGUAAUGAAUAAAUACACUAAGAAAAAUCAGCUCCCCAAGGGUUCUUUGUACAGUUAAGAGUUCUUUGCUUCCAAAAGGUAUCUUCCAUAUCUCUGAUAUGUAGAACUCUACAACACACGGUUCACACAGAGUCUUUCAGCUUUCUCCGUAGGAACAGUUUAACCAUUUCAACAUUUUCCCUAAUUGUGUGGUCACACAACAAACACAUUUGUCUAAAGGCUAGAACAAAAUACAGUUCCUAGUAGUGGAAUAUUUUCUGCUAGUCGUGCCAUUAAAACUUUGCCUUUGCAAUUAAUUAUCCCCAAUACUCAAUUUCUCUCAGUUAAACACAAACCACCACUAGUGUAAAACUACUGUUAGCACUUGUUAUUCUCAACUGCACAUAAGUUUUAAUUCCUGCUUUACUGUUCAGUAUGCUGGUUUCAUUUUGAUAAAUCCUGCUAUGUCCUUAUAAAGACUGACUACAUUAUUAAUUCUUGCAUGCACUGAAUGUAUUCUACUAGUUCUGUCUUUGUAAAUGUGUUGUCUGGACCUGUUUUUUUUAAUAAUAAAAUG